AUGUGUGCGCUCCUGCCCGCCUGGCUGUGCCUGCUGCUCGGCUUCCUGCCUCUGGAGAUCCAGUCCCGGGCUUUGACUCUGCAGAGCCUGACUCACAGACACAGGUGGAGUUUACCCAGAACUUCUAAAUGCCCAAAGUCUUCUCACACCGCCGUCAUGUCUACUGCGUAUGAUCUCUCCGUUGCCACCGACAACCAGAUCACCCAGGGAGACAGACAUAUCAUCUGGAGGGCCCUGAUGCACAAAGAGCCCCCGCCAAAGUUGUCCGACCCCUUGCUGCUGGAGCAAAGCCACAGUGUGCCGCAGGAAGCGCCACUCUGGCAUCGCAGGUCACGUGGUCGUCGUCAUGCCAACAGUGGCGGUGGGAGGGGUCACAGCCACCUAAUGAGGGUGGGGUGUGUCCUGGGCACCUGUCAGGUUCAGAACCUCAGCCACCGUCUCUACCAGCUGAUUGGACAGAGCGGGAGGGAAGACUCCUCCCCCAUUAACCCUCGCAGUCCUCACAGUUACGGCUAA